CCCCAAUCCUAAAAUUGUAAAAAUAAACAUAACCCUCGAAAUCCAAAGUAGAAAAUAAUCAAAAAUUAUGUGGCAAUUUUGAUAAAAAACCCUUAAGAAUUAAAAAAUGGCUCCGUCAACACAUAGAGGAGACCCAAAAACCACGACGAAACAGAAAUUUGUAAAAUAUUACAAUACGUCCAAGAAGUAUCUGACCGAUCCCCAUCAUUUGGGGCCAGUAUGUCUGUUGCUAUUUUUAACCGAGGCAGUGCUAAACGUAAUUAUUAUCGAAAAUGUUAAAUACACUGAAAUAGAUUGGAUCGCCUAUAUGCAGGAGGUGGAGGGAUUUUUAAAUGGGACUCUCGAUUACAACUACUUGAAAGGUGAUACUGGCCCACUAGUCUACCCAGCCGGCUUCGUCUACAUAUUCACCGCUCUCUACUACCUCACCAACUAUGGAAAAAAUAUUUACUUGGCCCAGUAUGUGUUUUUGGUGUUUUAUUUGGUGCAAACGUUAUUGAUACAUCGAAUUUACCGAAUAACAGCGAAAGUGCCUCCCUACGCUCUAAUCCUGACCACACUGACGUCAUUUAGGAUACACUCUAUCUACGUUUUACGUCUUUUUAAUGAUACUGUGGCGGUACUCUUGUUCUACAUCAGUCUGAACCUGUUCGUUUCCAACAAAUGGAGAUUGGGCAGUUUGUUUUAUUCAUUGGCGGUGAGUGUUAAGAUGAAUAUACUGCUGUAUGCCCCUUGUUUACUUGUUGCAUAUUUGACUAAUUUAAGCUACAAAGAGACUUUUGUGAAUUUACUCAUUUGCGGGUUGGUGCAACUAUUUCUAGCCAUACCAUUUUUGUAUGGUAAUCCUGUAGCUUAUAUAAAAGGUAGUUUUGAUUUAGGACGAGUGUUUGAGCAUAAGUGGACUGUUAAUUACAGGUUCCUACCUCGAGAGGUAUUUGAACAUAAAUAUUUUCAUAUAGGAUUAUUGCUUCUACUGAUACUAUUAUUAAUAAUUUUUUUGCCUUUGUUGCGACGUUACUUAAGCAGUUAUGCCAAACUUAACGUGGUUUCGAAUGCGUUUAAACGCUCCCUCGACGAGGAAAAACAUCGGAAAAUGCUCGCGAAAAAGAACUUUCGAAAAGAUAAAAUGCAUCUGAACGCAUUAGAAAACCAAAAACGAAGCGGGUCUAGAGAUUCCCAAGACAGCAGCUUCUACGAGGAAAAGUUGAAAUUGCAAGACCACAUGUCGAAAAUCGCUCAAUUAUUUAUCCUGCCCUUUUUUAUCACCAAUUUGAUUGGAAUCGCGUGCGCCCGAUCGAUCCAUUACCAAUUUUACGCGUGGUACUACCACAGUUUGCUCUAUUUGGCUUUCAGUACUGGAUACAACAAACCACUGAGGUUUUUAUUGUUGGCGGUGAUCGAGUACUGUUACAAAACUUACCCCAGUACCAAUUUGUCCAGUGCUCUUUUACAUGUGUGUCAUUUCGUUUUAAUUUAUGGAGUUUAUAGGACAAUGAAAGCUUAAAUUUUUAUUGUAAAUGUUAGGUAUAUUAAAGGAAAUGUCAAAACUUCAGGUACGUAUUCAAAGCCCAAAAAUACAUAUAAAAAUGUAUACAAAUAUUUGACCCAUAUUUGUAUACAUUUUUAUAUUUAUUUUUUUAUUUUUUUAUUUUACAAGAUAAAAACAGUUUUUAUUUAAUUUUUCUAUUUUCUAAGUAAAAUUAAUUAUAAUGUAAAUGUUGGAGUAAAAAUUGGCCUUAGGGGUUGUAAAAUUAAGAAAGAAAAAACGGAAAAAGAAUUCUUAGAAAUUAUAAAUAGUUAAAAAGUUGUAAAAAGAUUAGGUUCCAUAAAUUGUAUUUAGAAUACUAAAUAAAAACUGUAACACCCGGUUUUUCGGUUAUGAAGUAUUGACUUUUCUUCAUGAAUAACUCUUUAUAAUCCUUCGAUGCAAAAAAAUUCUUAAUCGUGUUAAAUAGCUUUUUAUUUGCGGUAAUUUUUCUAAUAACAAAUAAGUUUUAUGAAGUAUCUCAAAGUAAAAUGAUUUAUACCGCAUUUCAAAUGGGUCGAAAAUAAUAAAAUUUAAGUUUCCGAGAGUUUUGUGGUCAUUGAGCCCUGUACUCCUUUUGCAUACUUAAGAAUAAGGUUUUAUUACUCUCUAUCUAUUUAAAAUAGACUAUACCAUUGCUGAGAAAUUUAAUUUCCGAUUCCACCUGGUUUAGUUAUUUUAAUGCCUCGUCACAUCAGGUACUUUACGAUUACAACUUAUUACUGCAAAUAAAAUGUUAAACCAUCAUCUAUUAUGUGUUGCGGCGCCUUAUAAACAAACAAAAAACCACCCAAAAUGUAUGCUUAAGAUUUAAACAUUGUGUCAAUUGCUCUAUACAAUCAUAGAUCUAUAUUACGUACGACAUAUUUUUGGCAAUAAAUGACAUUUUUGAAA